AAUCUCUGCAAAAAAAAAAAAAAAAAAAACAAAACAAAAAGAACCUUAUUGUAGGUAGCCAUGGGUGGUGGUGAUACUCUCGACGAUGAUGUUAUAGAGGAAGAAUCUUCAAGAUCAUCAUCAUCAUCUCCUUGUUUCAGUUUCAGUGAUGAUGAUUCAGGGUUUAAGUAUUGUGUUUCUGAACACAAUUUCUCGAUUUUGGCUACUGAAAUGAGAAGGGGAGAUAAGGCUUACCAAGAGAUUCUACAAAAUCAGGAUCUGUUGCUCAGAAGCAGUAAAAGGAAACUUAGACAAGCCAGGAACAAAAUCUUGAGCUAUACUCCUGGAUCGUUUUCUGAUCGGAAAUUGCGCGAUAACGAUGUUCUGAAGACUACAUCAAUCAUCCUUGUUGGUCCGAAAGGAGCCAGGAAGAGUAGUCUUGUUAAUCAGAUUACAAGAGUGAUCGAAGACGAUGAAUUUUUACCCCCAGCUAGAGCUCAAGAAUCAUUUGGUAUGCAGUCUAAAGGAGGGACAUAUUUUGUUGAGGAAUAUAUGAUCCCAAGAGGAGGUUCUGGUUCUUUUUGCUUGUAUGACACGCGUGGUUUGAGCCAUGUCCCGUCAUCUGAUAACAUUAGUAUGAUUGAGAAGUGGAUGACAAGAGGCGUGCGUCGCGGCGAACCUGUCAUAUGGGGAUCCGAUAGCUCUGAGUUGAAGAAUAGACUAAUCCGAGAUGGUGGUACCGGUAAUGAGAUAAGGAAAGUGAAUUUCGUUAUCUUUGUUGUUGAUGCGGUGGAAAUCUUGCCCGGGAUCCAAAUCCUAAGUCUGAGUCUAUGACUAAAGGAGAGCCUAGCAUUGAUUUGCAUAUAGCGCGACGCCUAUGGUUCGACGAGGGGAAAGUGGCUAAGGCAGAGCCAAGCUUGGAUUUGUGAACCACUCGACGCUUGUGGUACGUUGAGUGAAAAGUAUGGAAGCUUCAACAUCUGAUAUGUAAAAAAAUAAAGUUGAUGUUUUAGGAAACUUGAAUUGUUCUGAGUCUUCUCACCGGUUCAAUAAGGUUCUCUUACUUUGUUUUAGUUAAAACGUAUAUGUUAAUAAAUAAUAACAUUGUUUAUAAUAAAUAAUAAUCAGAUUCUACUA